GUGUCUUUAUUUAUAGUAUGAAGGGUAAAUUCCUUACCCAAUAGGACUACAACUUUAAUAGAAUAAUAUCUAAUCUAAGGAUAUUCCAAAUAUAAUAGGAUUUACACAAUUACAUUUCUAAUCUAAUAGGACUGCAACAAAACUAGCUCUUUUCAUUAAAGCUUCUAAAAAAUGAAACCCGUAAAAAAAAAAAAAAUAUCUAGAGCUCGAAUGAAAAGAUGUAGAAAAUUAUUUAAUUCAUUCAGACUGGAGUGACUAACUUAUAUACCACGUACAGGACCAGCCUCCAUUAAUUUGUUACUUCAGAAUCUCACGUGUUUCUUUGAAAUUUUCCGAAUCCUCCAAACUUCUCCAUCAGCCUCGUUAAUAUCAAUCUUGUCCUCAAGCCUUCCCAUCUGUUUUCACUUUUCAUAUCUAAACAGGAAAGAAGCCUUUCACAUUGUUGUUUCUAUAUUUGGUAAUUUGGUUUCACACCGUUUCUAUAUUUGGUACUUUGGUUUCGCACCGCCAUUGGACUAGGUAGUUUAUAUAAACCUAACUUAGUAACACCGUCUUUAUAUCAAUAGAGACACAAAUACUUCAACUGGUACUACUAUGGUAAAGUUCCAUGUACAAGUUGAUCCUCUAAGCCUUGGAGUAGUUGCAGAAGAUGAAGAAGCAGCUGAAGAUCACAUCAGCUACGACGAGCUUAAGAAGCGUAUGUGGAAGGAUAGUAUUCGCUUACAAAAGCUCAAAGAGAAUCGUAAAAUCAUUGAGGCAGAAGAAGACGAAGAAGUACCUGCAGAGUCGUCGGCAAAGCAAGAAGGGUCUCAUAGAAAGAAAAUGGCAAGAGCCCAGGAUUCGAUACUUAAAUACAUGGUGAAAAUCAUGGAGGUAUGCAAAGCAAAGGGCUUUGUGUAUGGGAUUGUGCCUGAGAAGGGAAAGCCAGUGACGGGCUCCUCUGAUAGCUUAAGGGAGUGGUGGAAAGACAAAGCGAGAUUUGACCACAACGCCCCCAUUGCAAUCGCCGAGUAUCUGCCAGCUCUGAUAUUUGAAGGUGAGUCGGAUCAUGGCUCUUAUGCUCAUUUGCUUCAUGAACUGCAAGACACUACUUUAGGGUCUCUUCUUUCUGCUCUGAUUCAGCACUGCGUGCCGCCGCAGCGGAGGUUCCCUCUGGAGAAGGGUUUAGCUCCUCCGUGGUGGCCCACAGGGAAGGAGAUGUGGUGGGGGGACCAAGGGCUUUCUGUAGAGCACGGCGCUCCUCCUUAUCGGAAGCCCCACGAUCUUAAAAAGGCAUGGAAAGUGAGUGCCUUGGCUGCUGUGGUCAAACACAUGGCUCCUAAUUCGGAUAGAGUGAGAAGACUUGUGACGCAAAGCAAGUGUUUGCAAGAUAAGAUGACUGCUAAGGAGACUGCUAUUUGGUCCAAAGUGGUUAACCAAGAAGAAUCUCUCAUACAACUUACAGAGAAAUGCCUCAAAAUCUCAGAUCACUCAAACAAAAAGGGUAAGAAUUUGAAGUGGCCUGCUACUACUAGCAAUGAAAAGAGGAAGAUGAUGAGUAUUGAUUUGGGAUUAGGGUUUGUGGAAAAGAAAUCAAGGGCAGACUAUGAUCAAGGUCAAGAUCAAGAUCAAACACUUUGUGCUUCUGAUCAAAAUAGUGGUGCUGUUAGUGUGGUGGAUUGGAUUAAUAUGGAGAUAGAAAAGGCCAAUGGGAUUGAUGACAACAGUGGUACUAAAGUGGCAGACGGCCAUGGAUCAACAAGCUAUUGGGGAGGUGGUAUUGAUGAUGAUGAUCUAGCUAUGGAUGGAGCACUUGAGAUCCAAAGGGGAAACAUGGAUUUAAAUCGUUCUUCCGAAGAUAUGUCACAUAAUUAUGACCAAGAUUCAACUUCAAUUUGGGAUUUGGGAUAUGAUUAAUUAGUGAAUGCACUACUCGCGCAUCUUUUAAUUAGUUUUCAUUUUCAUGUAGUUGUUGUUUAAAAUGUAUCAAUAAAAUAAUUUGUACUAGCGAGACCAAUAAGUAAUUUGUAUUACUUGUCA